UCCGGCAGUCGAUCGGCUCGUCCGAUCACACGCCACGUGUCCUAUCUUCGCCUCCUCCCCUCGACUCCAUCUCCCUCUUCAUCGGCCUCCCCCUCACUGGAAGCCGACGGCGACGAUCUUAUCCCUCCGGCAUCUCCCUCUUCCUCUUGCCCCUUCUCUGACACCCUGUCACCUCCGCCAUCGCCAUGAGCUUCGCCACCGAGCGGGCUUUCGGUGAUCAGUUGCUGAUGCCACGGGGAGAGAUCUCAGCCAUCCGGCAAGUGCAUCAUCCGCGGAUCAGCCCCGACUUCUUGCGCCUUGCGCAGUUCUUCUGCACCUCGGGUGUGUACGGCGCGGCAGAGUUCCAGUUCACGAGCGAUCCCCAGGUGGUGGUGCUGGCCGAGGCAAUGGCGUUCCAACGGCGAGCGACUCCAGGUAUUAGCCACGUGUCUACCGUGGUAGUCUUUAGCGGUGACAUCACCACCUUCGAUCCGGUGCGGCAAGCCGCCAUCAAGAGCACCUUGUACAAGUGGGGUCAGUUCGUUGAGCUCUUGUUCUGCCUGCUACGAGUGGAUCUGAACUGGACGUGGGAAGGCGAUCAGAGACCCGCGUCAGAAACCGUGGAGCUGCUCGUCAUUCAGGCGUGGACAACUAACGUGGCGGGAGACCUUCUGGGAUUCGUCUUUGGAGCUGUGGAUCGGGGAUACCGAUCACAGAUCGUGCGCGAACUUACGAUCGUGAUCGCGCGACUGGCCGACGAGCUCCCCCUCGAUAUCGUCUCUCAGAGCGACGAAGAGGCGGUGCCACAUGUCCUCUCAAGGACUCUCGCCCCGAGCCUCCAGUGGUCGGCUUGUAUCGAGGAGCGUUGGGCGGACGACCGUUUCCCAUCUCGUAGCGAGUACCUGGACGUCCAGAGCCUAACUAACCCCCGCUUCUUUCGGCAACCAACGGCGUUCGAGUGGGCAGCGCUGAGGGCAGAGGAAGAAGCAGAAGAAAAAUCAGAAGGAGAAUUAAGGAGAGAGGCCGGUGGAGCAGCGGCCCGGUUGGCCGAGGACGAGGAAGAGGAGCGCGAAGCAGAAGAAGAAGAAGCAGAGGGGGAGACUUCAGAAGAAGAAGAGGAAGCCUAUAGCAAGCACAGUGAGGGGGAGCAAAGUGAAGAAGAGGAGGACGAAGACCACGACGAGGGAGUAAUUUCCACCUACGUUUACGACUGCAUGGGAAGCGGGAUGAACAGUUGUUACUACAGUUCUCUGCCAUCUUUGCAGACUCUUCGCACGCCCGUGCCCGAUGCUGCUGAUAACUUCUGUGAGAGCCGGUCUCUAGACAUUGUCAUCACACCAUCGAAACGUGGUCAUCCUGCACACCGUGGUGAUGGUAUGCCCAGACGUCGCGCACGUCAUCUGGGCGUGCCAUCUUUCAAUAUCAACGUCAUGCGGCGUCUUCGCCUUGACGACAUCAUCAACGACGCCGUCGGCUUGCCUUCUGAUGCCGGCACAGGUCCACCGCGCGGGUCUCGUGAACCUUCUAUUCGGGUGAAUUCGCCCUCGGUAAUUGGCGCUGACUACCGGUAUGUUCCCAUGGACAUGCUAUCGUCGCCAUCACGCGAAGGCAAUGAAGGCGGGGGGGGGCAUGUUGCUCGUUUGUCGGACGUCGACUUGCCAGUCGGAGAAGAUACCGCAAUAUCUGCCUAAGACUGCCUUAUCUGUGUUGGGCGGUGGAAAAUGAAAGAGAAAAUACACA